CGUAUUAAGCAGCUAAACGGAGCACAACAAACUUGAAGGAUAUGCAAAGAGGAUUGAAUGUAAAUUAAAACAGGAUAAUGUCGAGUACAAACGCAACACUGGCCACAACUAUGGCAACUCCUUCGGACACCUCCGAUGAGCUGCGAUUUGGCAUCACGGAUUAUGUGGUGUUCACUUUAAUGUUGGGCGCCUCUGCGCUCAUUGGCAUCUAUUUUGGAUUCUUCUCCAAGGCGAAAAACACCACCGAGGAGUAUCUGCGUGGUGGCAAAAAGAUGAAAACGCUACCCAUAGCUAUUUCACUAGUAGCCAGCCAACUGUCAGGAAUUGCGAUUAUGUCUGUGCCUGCGGAGAUGUAUUCGUUUGGCGUCAACUACUUUUUCAUGGUCAUCGCAAUGGUGGCAGUUGUGCCAAUUUUAAAUUAUAUUAUUGUGCCGGUGUUCUAUGAGAAUAAUGUCUCCAAUUGCUAUGAGUACCUCGAAGUGCGUUUUAACAAGCUGACGCGUCGACUGGUGACUGCAACAUUUGUGAUGAAUGCAUGCCUCAUGUUGCCCGUGUUUAUGUUCAUUCCAUCGCUGGCCUUUUCACAAGUAACUGGCAUGAACAUCCAUUACAUCAAUGUGAUUGUUUCGUCGGUGUGUGUUUUCUACACCAUGUUGGGCGGCAUCAAGGCGGUUGUCUGGACAGAUGUGGUCCAAGGCUGCAUUAUGCUCAUUUCUGUGGUGUUGGUCGGAGUGUUGGGCGUUAUACAAACUGGCGGAUUGGACGCUGUUAUUGAGAAUGCCAACCUCGGAGGACGUUUAGAUUUGAACUUUAGCCUCGAUCCACGUGUUCGCAUCACAGUUUGGAAUGGUUUCUGGGGAGGACUCUUCAUGUGGACGGGACACGUUGGUCUUAAUCAGAGUUGUGUGCAGCGUAUUGUCUCAUUGCCUUCUCUAGGUCAGGCCAAGAAGUCACUUGUAAUUGCUGGCUUUGGAUUUGUCAUCAUCAUGGGCAUCAACUGCUGCACUGGCAUUAUAAUGUUUGCUCGUUAUUACGGCUGCGAUCCCAUGAUGGCUGGAAUGGUCAGCAAACCGGAUAAAAUGAUGCCCUUCUUCAUUCAAGACAUCAUGGGUAAUCUGAUCGGCAUGCCGGGACUGUUUAUCUCAUGUGUCUUCAGUGCCGCCCUCAGCACCCUCUCCGCCACUCUCAACUCGUUGGCCGGUGUCAUCUACUUCGAUUACAUUCGCCCCUUCAUUCGUCACACCGAGGCACGUGCGAAUGCAACCAUGAAGCUGGUGAUCAUUGCCAUGGGCAUUUAUUGCAUUGUGGGUGGCUAUGCGGUGCAGAACUUCAGCUCCAUUAUACAGACUGUGAUCACGAUCACAGGCAUUAAUACUGGCGCCGUUGUGGCCGUCUUCUUCCUCGGCAUGCUCUAUCCACGUGCUAAUGGCAAGGUUGCCGUGACCAGCAUCAUAUUCAGCGUGCUCAUCAUGUUCUUCCUCGUCGUCAAGGGACAAAUGAGCUUCAAGGCGGGUCACAUCAAAUACGAAGGAUUGCCAAACUCCAUGGAUCUAUGCGAUGCACCACAAUUUCAUGUGAUUGCCAAUGCCAUUCGCAACAAUCACACGACGCCAAUUAAACCUACUCCGGUUCCGGAAAUUCCACCUUUGGUCACUGGCGCCUUUGAAAGCAAUCGAGAGUUUUCAGUAUUUGAAAUAUCAUUCUAUUGGUACAAAGUUAUUGGUAUUCUGGCAACAAUUCUCUGGGCUGUUCCCGCAAGUUACAUAUUUAAGUCGGAUGAAAAGAAUGUACAGAAUCCCAAACUCUUCUCACCGUUCAUACGCAAGUUUUUGACUCCCCAUCAAGUUAGAGAAUUGGAGGAACUGCCUCUGAAUGGAGAUCAAUUAAAAGAGAAACCUGAGCUGCAUAUUGAUAUAACCAAAUUUGAAAAACCAAAAUAUGACACAGAUUGAAUUUCAAAGUUUAUUCCGCUCC